GAGGCCACUAUGUGGGUGAUAAAACGGAAGAUGUCCAGGGGAGCUGAGCCAAAUGGAUGCGAUGCGUGUGUAUGUGUGCGUGCGCGCGCGCCCCCCACCGAAAGUAGUCUCCUCCUCUUCUGGCAACUUGAACCUAUGACUGCAAAGCUCUCUUUACAACUAUCAACAGACUGCGAGUGCGUGUCUCUCUGUGUAGUGAAAGGGGGGUGCGGCAGCGAGGCGGGGGACACGCAUUUGAGGCAGAAGUCUCGGUGCGUUCCAUAGGCUAGGAACCCAGGCGUCCUCUCCUCCUUUCCACCCUUGUUUAUAGUGAACUGCCGUACAAAAUUGGAGUGACUGGUUCAGAAGACAUCUGUCCAGUGCCUUUCUUCCUACGGACCAGUCCGUUGGGUCUUGGGACUGGGGUAGUAGGUGUGCAGAGCCCUGCGGAGCGCAUGGACUUGUGGACAGGUUGGGGAACCCCGCGGGGUUCCUGCGGCCAUCCGGGAGAUCCCGAAGGUCAGCUGCAGUGAAGACCCGAGAGCUAAUUCAACCUGUGCGGCUCUUCGGGGAGAAAGCGGGGGAAAAGGGGCGGGGGUCCUGCAGCCGAGAAUCGGAAGUUCGCGACCAUGGUCCCCAAAUUGUGGUUGCUCGUGUUCCUCGGAGCCUGCGCAUCUGGAAUCCAGCAUUGGGAUGGAGCUGCUCUCCAGGGCCAGAGGAACAGCUCGGGCCGGCUGCAGUGGGAAUCCCAGUGUCAGUACCAACUGCGCCAUCUUCAGGACGGAGCCAGAAUUACGGCGUUGCUCCCUCCAAGGCUGGAGGGUCACUGGAUCUCCACGAGCUGUGAGGUGCGCCCAGGGCCGGAGUUCCUCACCAGGUCAUACAUGUUCUACUCAAACCGCCUGUUUAAAGCGUACCAGUUCUACUACCAGGACCCUUCCUGCCGGGAACCCUUGUAUUCCCUGCUCAUCAAAGGCAAGCUCCGCCUCCGCCAGGCGUCCUGGAUAACACGCGGGGCCACAGAAGCCAGCUAUCACCUGCACAAGGUCGGCAUCGUCUUCCACAGCCAGAGCGCUGUUGGGGAGAUAGCAGAGCGCAUCAAUCGGACAGGUGGCAGAGGCUGUGGUAAACUACUCCCUCCGGGGAGGUCCUGGGUUCCAGGGACUGUCUAUGAACUCCUGAGCGCCAAGGCUGAAAUAGACUGUACUGGGGCCCUGGGCUUUGCCAUGCAUGAACUCAGCCUGAUCCGAGUGGAAAGGCACUACAAGCUGCAGCAGAUGCCAGGCAGUAGGGUGGUGGAGGAGCUGUAUCUGGGUGACAUCCACACGGAAUGGUCAGAAAGGCUUCACUACCGACCCACCGGGUACCAACGCCCACUCCAGAGUGCCAUGCACCACUCACACCCUUGCCCAGCUUGUGGAAUCAUCUACCGUUCGGAUGAACACCACCCCCCAAUCCUGCCCCACAGGGCGACGCUGCCCCUGCGGCUCGGUGGUAAGUGGGUCAGCCUGCGGUGUGAGGUCCGGCCCGCGGUGCUCUUCCUGACCAGACUCUUCACGUUCCAUGGCGGUAACCGGACGUGGGAAGGCUAUUAUCACCACUACUCCGACCCCGCUUGCCGACAGCCCACGUUCAUCGUUUAUGCCUCUGGGCACUACAACAAGGGCACCCUGUCCACCAAGGUCAGAGGCGGCACGGAGCUGACAUUCAGGGUCACCCGGGCCCGUGUGACCCCCAUGGAUCAGGUCACGGCAGCGAUGCUGAACGCCUCACGCCCAGGGAGCUGCGGGGAUUCAGGGUCCUGGGCCCUUGGAGUCGAGCAGGACGUCACCCCAACCAACGGGUGCUCUCCCCUGGGCAUCAAGCUCCCUCAUGUGGAGUUUGAACUCUUUAAAAUUGAACAAGAUCUAAGAGGACAAAGCCUGCUGUUCAUUGGAGAGAGGCCUACAGAUGGCUCCAACCCAGACAUCCCAGAGAAGCGUCCUACUUCCUAUCAGGAUCCUCUGGUCCAGUGUGCUGGAGCAUCUGGCAGCUUUUCUAGACAACUUCAUUACAGUCAUCAGCCGGAAAAAUAUAGUGGCAGGAACAAAUCAUCAAAAGUACAUUCUAUGGGCAGCCUACUUCUGAUCACAAUCCUGACAUUUUUAAGGUGGGACUUAAAUUGAUCGAAUUGUUGGCUCCCCAAGCAGGAGGGAAUUCCCUCCAGAAUCUGAGACAUCCCUCCAGGCACAUUUCCGAGAUCAGCACCUUUUCUAAUCCCUGAGACUUGCUUAAAUAUGGACAGAGGAAGGGUGGUAUUCUUGAGACUAGACUCAGCUUACUUAUGUCCACUCCCAAGUUACUGAGUAAUGCUGAUUCAGUUGAACUCAGCAGUUCAUACUAAACCUGGUGAUGUAAAUUAAAGAUGCUGCCUUAAGUUUUAAGUGGCCUGUAUUCAGAGGCAACCUCAGCCUCUCAAAGUGCUGCCAGAAUUUCUGUGCUUCUCAAAUUCAAAAUUUCCACCCUAGAAAUGUCCAGCCUUCCAGGACCUCUGUUUAUGAGGUAGGGUUCUUCCUAAGGGGCGCUCCCUUUGGUGUCAUUCAAAACUAAGGAAUUCAAAGACAUCUGAGAGACAGGUUAACCAGACACUACCCCUUCCAGAUUACACACAGGCAAGUUUACUAUUAACUUUUGUUUAACUCCCUUGGGCAUUUUUAGCUACUGGAUAGCCAAAAAGCUCACAUGGAUUUUUGGCAUAGUUUUUUCUUCUUUCAUCAGAAAAUUUCCAGUUCUUUAAAUACUAGUAAGAGUAAUAAAUGGCAUGGAUAUCUUAUAGGUGGAUGGCUUUAGAUCCAUUUUUAUUAUUAUUUAGAUCCAUUUUACAAAUAGGUAAAUGGCAAAUCUAGAAAAUGAAUUUUGUUGUAAUUCUUUAGUUAUUUGUAACCAGUACCCCAGAUGGAUAAGGAUAUUUCUUGGGUUCUUAACAUUUUUUUUUUUGUGUCACGAAAUCUCUCUUAGAAAGAUAUUUUCAAGCACAUAAAACAAUAUACAUAGGAUUAAAAAGAAAAUCAAUUAUAUUAAAAUGUUAUUUAAAUAUUUUUAAAAGCCAUCAGGCUCCAGGUUAAUCAAAGAUUGAUUCCUAAGAUUGUUUUUUUUUUUUUGUUAAAUCUUUGUAUCCACAGCAUCUUGUACACUUUAGCUUAUUCCUUGAAUAAUAUUGUCAAGGUUCUUUUUGACUAAGGCCUAUGAAUCUCUGUUAAAUAGCCUGAAGUGUGAAUUUACUUAUGUGGUACAGAUAGAGUGGCCUAUAAAUGGGAAUGAGGGUGGUGGUGGUGGAGGAAAUAGAACUGAAGUAUCAUUUUCAUAUUCUAAAAGUUCCUCAAGCAGGAUGAACUUAAGAGGAAUUGAGAAACAUUUUAAUGAUUUCCUCCUUUCAUCCUCCAUCUCUACUUUCAUCACUUACAUUACAUAUUUUAAGAUUCAAAUCCAGGUCUUACAAGUGACUUUGUGAACUUGGAAUGAAGCCUCUUUCCUUUGCUGGUCUGGUUUCCUCAUCUGUAAAAUGAGAGGGUUUUUAGAUAAUUUCUGAAGUCCUUUCCAGUUCUGGAUGAUAUGAUAGACCCAUUGUCUUUAAAGCAAAUACUGCUUUCCACUAGAAUUCAUCAUUCUGGUCCAUUUAUUUUGUUCAACUGGCAUCUGCAGAAAAAGCCUCAUUUGACUUCUCAGACCAUUCUUGUUUUUAAGAAAAGUUAAUCUUUGCAAGUUCCAAAACAAACUGGUCUUUCAGAGAAUAUAUUUACAGAACUACAGUUAUAAGAUUAUUCAUGGUUUUAAACCAAAUAUAUAAAGUUGUGAGGCUUUGGAGUGGGUAGAUUCCAAGGGGAUGCCAUUUACACUAACCAAUUUACCUAUGCGUGGUGCAAAUGAAUUACAUUUGUACAUUAAUCACAUUAAAAUUUAAAGAUUUUUUCAUAAACAAUUAUACAACUGAACAGUGAUCCCCGUGGUUAUUAAAGGCUGAGUGUAAGGGUUCAUGCUCUAACUUUGAGUAUAACUAGAAUUUCUUAAUAUAUAUACUAUAUAUGUUCUCUUGUUGCAUACUGGGCCCAGAAUUAAUGAGAUUUAGGGAAGAAGCCUAAAAUAGAACAUAUAACUAUAUUAAAUUAUUAAGUGGCGAUUAAAGGGAAAACUCCCUUACAAGCAGACCUCAAGUGCUUCUCUAUUUCUUUUUUCUGGGGCUCUGAUUUUAGGGCUAAUUUUCAAAUUCUUUUUCUUUGCCCAGUCAGUUAAUACUGUAAGAAAGAAAAAAAGUUUUUCUUUUGGGCAUUGGAAAUUGUCAUUCCAUGUUCAGGCUUUUAUGCUCUGUGGGUAACAUUUUAAGUUGAAUUUAACUGAAAUUGAGUGUAUAACUGUGAACUUUCAGGGAAGAAAUGCUACAUGUAAAGCUUCAAUUUGUUGAAGAUAUCAGAGGGGAUUUCAAGUUUAAGGCUAUCCCUGCCUGACAUAUACUAUAAAUUUCUUGUAGCAAGUUUUUGUGAUAGUGCAUUAGUGUUCUCUCUCACUUAAAAAAGAUUUUAUGUUGGCAUAACUUUAUAUUGUAGGCUCCUACUACACUAGAACUUUUAGAAUUCAAAGAAUAGUACAGCUAUUCAAAUUCCAAUGAAAUAUUAACACUAAUUUUCCAAAUUGUUAUUUUGAGACUACCUUGCCCAGGCAGGAAAUGAAGUAGCUAUCAAAAGAUUGAUCCCAAUAUGGCUUGCCAUGAAAGCUUUUAUCUACUCUUUUUCUAACCUGGACCAGUUUGUUCCUUCUUAGACAGCCUGGUAGCCCUUAUCCACUCCUGGGAGCCUAUCAUAUAUUUAUUGUGGAGAAUCUGACUGGCUAGUCAUAUUAUACCUCAGAACUCCCUGACUCAAAAGAAAUCCACCAUCUUAGUCUUCCUAACAAGAAGAUCUACAGGUAAGAGCCAUUGUAUUUGGUUGCUUUCCUGUUUUUUUCUAAGAAUAUGUUUAAUCUCACAUUGACAUUGCUGGAGACAAAGCGUCCAAUAGUAUAAUGCAUACUGUUGACUGAUUGGAUCACUAACUUCUGGUAACAUAGGUAUUUAUGGAAUAGGAAAGGUCGAAUGAGGCAGGUGACUACUUGAAGAACACUGAAGGGAAAUAAAAUUUACCUACAGGGCUAGAUGAGAUUCUAGGAGGGGAAAUUAAGUGGGUACUUCUAAGUGUGUGUGUGUGUGUGAAAGUAAAGAGUAUUUUGACUCAGUUUAGUGCUUUGCUAGUGAUUUUUAAUGACCUCAAGUGGUCAACAGAAGUAACAAUCUCCAUAACACAAGCAAAGAGGGCUCACAAAGAACCCCAUCCAAGUGCAAGACUGGAGGAAAUAUGUUGGCCUUCCAAGUCAGGCUAAGCCCUGAGCCCAAGCUGGGGAGCUCUGAAAUCACACCCAGAGAGGCACAACUAUGUGGUUUGAACAUCUCAUUAGUUGGUGGGUGUAAUGGCUGGCACACUCUAAGUAAAGAUGCUUACUUUCCAGCAGUCAAACUAUCCAAGAUAGCCAAUGCUGCAAGUUAAGAGACAGCUGCUGUUUAUGAAUAACAGGUUACGCAACCUGGCAGAAAUUUUUCUUACAUUUGACAUAUUGCUAUGUCCAGUUUUAACAUAGCUUCCUACAUGGGUAGAGAUAGGAAAACCAUCCUGUCAACCUAUGCAUUUAAAACUUUUCACCUUUUGUUUCUGGGUCUUAAUUUCCUUAUAUGUUGUUUGUUUGUCCUUCACUCUCAAAGAGGAAUGUUGUGGAUGAAAUAGGUGAUCCCUGAAAGGUCCUUCUAAGUACGACAUCAUAUGGCUCUUUUCCUAGAUGAUUAAGAGACUGACUCAAAAGGAUUUCAUGAUAUAUUUGCAAAGGAAUGAUUAUAAAACUAUUAAAACUUUUGAUCAGGGUUUUUUCCAGUGACAUUUUUAUCCUUGGGGUUGCUAACAAUCUGCCCUACUCGUAUGAUACUCAUAUCCUUACUCUCUUUCCAAGAAAUACACCUUUGCCCUCAUGCUUCUGAAUCUUAAGGAAAGUUAGCCAAUAAAAUGGGAUGGAAAUAGCUCAGAAAUAGGGACCAAUUCUAAGACUUCAGAUUAUGAAAAAUUAUGAUCUGGAGUGACAGUUUUCUGUAUAAUUGAAUUCAUUUUCCCUAAAAGCGGAAUUCCAAAUGUUUCUCUUCAGAACUUUUAAGGCUUGUAGGUCUUUUUUCUUCUUUUUGCCAGGAGGUUGGAGGUAGGAUCGGUGGGUCUUUCUGAAGAUUCAUUGUUAGAAGAAGGAAUCUUAUUUUUUUAAAAAAAUUACUCCCAAAGGUUAAAGGGAAAAAAAAAAAAUGACAGCAUGACAAAACUUCACAUUUCUGGUAAUACUCUAUAAGAAAGGAACUAAGGGUCUUCCACAUCCAUCACCCCAAUGUACAUUCCCUAAAUUGCAAAUAUUUUAAAAGCUUCAAGCCAACAAGAGAAUCAGCAUUACAACAAAAUGGAUUUCCUUGGCUCAAUUUCAGAUUUUGACCAACGUUGGCAAACCUUUUAAAAAUGGAAAGUUUUGAAGGCAGGGAACGGUAGCACAAUUGUGAACAUGGGCAUUUCAUGUUUGUGUCCUGUACAAGAAACACAGCCAGACAGAAGUAGCUUGAUGGCAGUCCUGACUGCCCCACACUCUCUCCAAAGCACAUAGAGCAUUUUUCUCCAUAUAUUUUUCCUAUGCCUCCCUUCUUUGAAAUAACUUUUAAGAGAUCAAACAUAACUUAGAAAAUAGGCAUUAGUAAAAGAAAAACUUUGUUCCUUAACAUGAAAUAGGCACUGAAUGCAUAGUGUUGAGGUUUAUACAGUUCUGAGAGUAUCAUAGGAGGUAGUAUCAAGUUGUCUAAAUCUGUGUGUGUGCGUGUGUAAUAAAAUUCAAACUUUCUUUCUUUUUUUUUUUUUUUUUUUUUUUUAAGAAGAGAAUGACUCUGAGCAGGCACUAGCCUAGUUCUUUCUGCUCUGCCCCUUUCCAGAUUAUCUGUAUCUUUCCAACAAAUAUGCUUCCCUGUGGCUGCUCUUUCUCUAUAAUACAAAAAACCCGGAAGAUGCUGUAUCUUGAACCACUUUAUGCUAAUUUCUAAAUUACACUCUUGAGAAAAUGAUUAUUCAUUUUAUAAUAACAAAUUAUAUUUAUAAACUUUUCUUCCCAUUGAUUUGCUAAUUUCUUUCAUAAAAAUCAUUGCUAUUACAAGAUGCCAACAUAAGAUGUGAGAUUAAAGAUAAUAAUCUUCCACUUUUGACACCUGGAUGUGAUUUACAUAUGUGAGAAGAACAUUAGAUGAUAGAACCAAAAGAAAUGAGCUUGAAUCUUGGCCCUGCCCUAACUUUCUGUGUGAUCUGGGGCAAGUCAUUUCAAUUCUGAGUGAAUGAAUCAGUUUCUUCCUUCCUCUGAAAAAUGAAAGGCCUGCACAGGAGUCAUUCAUUUUAAGGCUUCUUACAGCACUUACUCUGUGACUCCAAUUUAAAGCAACAUCACAAAUCAGAUGCAGAGGAAGAAAUGAAGUCUCGUGUCUUAAUACUCCUUAAGUUACCCAUUCAAAAUGAGUUUACAAUGAAAUUUACAUUAAAUAUGUCCAGAGCACAGAAUUUAUUAAACAUAAUACUGAGCCAAAUAAUACAAAAGUGGACAUUUUGGCCUGGCAUGUAUUGCCUGAUUGAUACAGACCAAUGAAUGAAUACAUGAUAUAAAGAACUUGUUUAAACUACAGAAGCAGUAGUCAGCCUUCUCCUCAAGAAUGUAUAAUUACUAUGUAACUAUAAAUUUAUUGCAUGUUAGAAAACAAAAACACACAGUGGGAAGUGUUCUCCCUAUGUCAGCUUUUAAAAUUAACUAUGCCAAAACAGGAAUAUAACUUUAAUACACAAGAAAAUGGAAUGAAGAUUUUUACUACAUCUGUUUUGAUAAAGGUACAGGUAGGAUCUCACUAUUGAAAUUAGAAUUAAAUAUACAUUAAGAACUGUAGGAAUUACCAAGAAAAACAAGAGUGGAAAGCACACCAAGAAGUAAUUUGAAUUUUAGAAAAUCUCUUCAGUUACUUACAAAGGGGAAGAAAGAGCAUUCAACAAAUUCUUUUGGGUUUUUGAUAAGAUGUAUCAUCAGAUCCUAAAUGUAGGGCUGGGAAGAAUCUCAGGUAAUCUUGUCCCACUCCCUAUUUAUAGGUGAGCCAACCGAGCCCCAGAGAGGAUAAGUAAGUGACUUCUACUCUUUUCACUGUACCACACUGUCACUCAUUUACAGAGAAAAGAGAAAAGAGUUCCUAUAACACAUAAUGGCAAAACAAUAGCAACAAUGAGAACAUGGAUUUUCUCUUUUAGUGUCUGUAUGUGAACAUCAAAACUACACAAUGGAGAUUCUUUAAGAUUCUUAUUUAUGAAAGUCUGAUAGUGCUUUGGAAAGGAGUCCUUGUAUUAGUGAUCUUAAUAUUAUUGGCAAGCAAAUUCUGACUGGAAUCAGUCAAAUAAUACACCCCCUUUCUCCCAUCAUGGGGGUGGGAUAGAGAUGUUGAAUUCCAGGAGUAACAGCUGAAUUUAGUUUACUUCUAAAAAUAAUGCCCUAAAAAUGCAGGCAGUUAAACAACAAAAGAAUCCUAGGGUUGGUAUAUGAAACAUGCAUAGCAAUUUAUCACUUUCUUAAAUAACAAGCCAUAUUAAUUAUGAAUAAGUUAUAGUCAUCUCUCUCUGCCUUGCCUAUCCUUAUUGAUGAUAAUUGAAAGGAAACACCAAGGAAAUUGUAUUUCCUUUUGGUAAAAAACAGCAUGCUUUGAGUUUUCUCCAUGAACCCAUGCAUUUGACCCAGAAGGUGAUCACCUUAGAUGUUGCUCUGCUCCCUAAUCAGAAAGCUUGUCAAUAAACAAAGCAGAUUUGAGCUGAUGAUGCUAUCAGUCCCACACCAAUAUCCAUUAGAUAAUGAUUAAAUAUAUAUCAACCCUUUGGUAUAAAAUAAAGGAACUGUAAUAAGACAUUGUCACAGUAGCAAAGUUUUUUUUUUUUUUUUUUUUUUUUUAAAUGGCUUUAUCUAGCAGCAACAGAUUAUUACUCUGGGUGCCAUUUUAUUCCACCAUUACUUUUUAAUCAGGUCAUUGUUUACAAUGAAAACAUUCCAGGGAUUAUAGUUGCAAAUAUUUAUGGCAGCCUAGACAAUAACUAUAUUUGGUUUUCCUGAAAUGUCUAAAUAGAGGACAUUUUCUAAUGAAUUGGUUUUUAAUAAAAAUAAAGGCCAAACUAAUUUCCCUGAUAAAAUAACUCAUAUGUGAAUCUGAUUGCACAGUGAACUAUUAUAAUAAACCAAGAAUCAAAAAUAAUAAUCCUGUAAUGAAAUUUAUUAAUUAAACCUGAAACAUAAAUUCCAUAAGAGGAAACAAAGUUGAAAAUCUGUUUUUUAGAUAAAUAUAGGCAUUCUACAUUUUUUAUAACAUUAUUGAGAGUGGAAGUACUCGUUAGGUGUCAAUGGUAGACAUUAAAAAAAUUAAAACUUUAAUUUCAGAUCUCUUUAUCAGAAAUACAGUCUACCUCCUUAGUUGUUAUCUGUCUCUCUCCACUCCCAUUUUCCCAUCAUCAAGCUUACCUUAUCUAGCCUGUCUCCUAGAAAUGCCAUGUCAAUUUAGGGAAAGGUAGAAAAUAUCCUUAGUCUUACACCUGCAUUUUGAAACAAAAUCUGAGGCUUCUGUACUGCCACUUCAGUAGGUGGUGCUAACAGUAAAAAGUCUAAAAAUAUGCAUUUUCACAAAUGGCCGUAACUUUACAUAUAAAUUAGUGUGUAUAUACAGUCACAUCCACAGAGUGGGUGUGCUGGCUUAUUACAGGGCAGCUCAUAUCACUACGCUGAACCAAAUUGGCAAUUUUCUUUACAAGUGACUUUCAAAAAUUCAGUCCCAAAGCCCAAAGGCUUUCAGAUAGGAGGAAAAUUUAGAGAGCAUAAUUCUAUCAUUCUACUUGUGACUAGGGAGAUUUUUGAAUAAUAUUUCUAUGAUUAUUUCAUUUUUAUGAAAACCAAAUCUAAGAUGGAGAAAAAACUAUCAAUACAGAAGCCCCUGCUGAUGCUAAUGCCCUUACAACUCUGAAUGUCUGUCUCUGAAACAGAAAGUAUGAAGUACAAGCAUCUCUAAUGCUGUAGGACAAAGGAAGUUUAGAAAAAAGUCCUAACAACUACUAGACAAUUAUGCUCUACUUUUUUUGAGGGUUACCAACUCCUUGAUUUUUCAACUUUGUUUCCUUUAUGGAUCUUGAAGGGAAAUCUGCAGAACUUGCUUCAGGUUUAAUUUAUUCUCAUUAUAGGGAGAUUAUUUUAAUUUUUGAUAAAUAAUAAAGUAGGGGUUCUUAAUAAAGACACCUCUCCCCCCAUCUAAUCAGGCUCAUAUGGACUCUGAAUGAAACAGGAAUCAGGUGUUCUAGGUAUAUGACUUUAAAAUCUGAAGUAACUGCAGACUUAUUAGAUUCAGAUGGAAUGAACAGGUACGCAAUACAAUUCCAUUUCUGUCUAUCUUGGGAAACAAAGUCUUUCUAAUAGUUGUCAUAACUGCAAGAUUCUGUCAUUCAAAAUCUUGUCCAUUCAUCUUUCUUUAGUCCUAAGAGGCUGAUCAACAUCCUGGCUCGAGUGGGAGAUUUAGUUUCCUCAUUUUUUUUAAAGUAAGGAAAUAGACUAGAUGACCCAGCUUUAAAUUUCAUGUUUGCAGUACACAAAACCCCAGUAGCUAGAUACUCAUCUAGAGUUUUCUGUCUCCAGCAGGUGGAAGCAACAGCUUCCUUGCAUAGGCCCAUAAAAGCAGAAUUAGGAAAGGACUCAAAUUUUCCUUGCAGAGCAAAUACCUCUCUUUACUUUUUAAACCGAGCAUUUCACAAACAAGAUUUAAAACGAACAAAACAAAAACAACAACUAUGUAAUCCAACUUUCAGAACAGACUCUAAAAUUAAGCAAUAAUUUAAUAAUAAAAUAUUAAUCCAAUAGGUAAAUGAUAAUUAAAUGAUUAAAUAUUAUGUUAGCCAUUUAUCCCAUAAUGAGUGGGCAAAUGGGAGGGUUUUCUAUAUGCCCCAAACUAGUCAACAUUUUGAAAAAUGUCAAAUUAUUAAAAAUGGUACCUAUUACAAUGAAGGGUAGUGUAGUGAACAGAAUUAUAGGACUAGAAAUCAAGCAGAUCUCAGUUAAUUUCCAGUGACAAUAAUUCAGUGAAUAAAGUUAAUGCUGUGUUUUGAACUAGGUUCUGACAUGCUAAGUAUUCUUUAAUAUAUUGCUCAAUUUUUAGUUUAUCCUUGUGCCAUAGCUCAUUCCCAAGUUCACUUGAAGGUGAGUUAUCUAUGAGUGACCACUGGAUUCAGGUGAGGUGCUGCUAAUAGACAGUACUCUGGGUCUGCUGCUUUGAAAGGCUAACACUGUUCUUGCAAUUUAUUUGGAAACAUUUGGUUUUCAUGGAUUGCUGGAGGUUUUUCAUUCCUCCCACUUUCCUUUCUGUAAGUAUGAGCCCCUCACUGAAGGUAUCAACUGUCAGCCAGUAAAACCUACUAUGAUUUUUAUCAGUAUUCAUUACUGUCUGUGUAAGCAAUUUCAUAGAUCAGGAAGGAGAAAAAAAAAUGCAGGUUACAAAGAAUCAUUAAAGGGGACUUUGUCCUAAAAACUAAAUUUAGAAAUUAGAGUCUCCUACAUGUAAAAUGCUAAGAGAAAAAAUGAUGAUAGCUUGCUUUUUUUUUUUUUUAAACUGCAUCUAAGAUGCAAGCUUUAUGUGGGAAUAACACACAGCCACUGUUAUCCCCAUGGGUGAGGUUCCAAGGGAGCUUAAAUUCUCAAUUUAAAAAUAUGCUUGAUAAAAUUUUAUGAAACCCGAUGACUGCUCACGUCUUCUUGCAUGCUCUUUAUUGAGAUGGCCUUCACUGGGGACUGGAUUUAGAGGGCAAGGGCUAAGCUUUGAGCAGUGGUUUGAAAUUUAAGAGCAAAGUCUAAUCCUAUCCCUCCAAUCUCUUUACAGCCUUACUUUCAAAUCAUCACACUUACUGGGGUUAUCCUUGAUCACUAGUCCUUCUCUUCUUAGAUUUAUUUUAAUGGCUUUCCUUCUCUCUUCACUGGUUGGAAUCACCUCUCUUCUCCCCCAUUCUGUAUCUAUUUCUUCCUUUACCCACUCCUUCCCUGCCCUCUAUCCAUCAUGAUGGAUAAGAUACCAGAAAUACUAACGUAUUUCUGAUGCCUAUUAUGCCUUUCUCUGCCAUGUUGUUUGGAUGCCCUAGGGCUCUGAAUUUUAUACUCUGAUAAUGAUAGAAAACUAACUUCUCCCUAAGCUCACAAAAACAAACACAGAAUAUAGAACCCUAGCCAAAAAGCAAAACAAAAGACAAAUAUUCACUGGCUGACAGGAAAAGGGAUUGACAUCUUUGUAUUAAAAUUUUAGUUAAAACCCAUUCUUGUACAAAAUGGGGGCAGAUUCUCCAUAAAUAGGCUGGAAUUUAAGAAAUUUUAGGACUCAGUGGCUUUUAUACCACCCCAAAACAUCUCGGCCUAAUCACCACCCUCCUUCUACAGCAACACUGGAUGGCAAAAUAAACAGAGACUUGUGGAUCAACAUGUUAAAGUUUACUCCUCUGUUCCUCACAGAGGCUCUGGGCUCAAAGGAGGGAACCAUUGUGCAGAGUGGCUUGCUGAACUAGCAUCCUGCCUUCAAAAAAGAUCCUGUUCUGAAAAUAAAAUACUUGAGUCAUGCUAAAUUUCUUAGCUGAACUAGUCCAUCUUUACUCUUCUCAUUUUCUUUCCUAACAGAUAAAUUCACAGACCAGUGCAUGGUAAGUUAAUAGAGCCCAAUUUCAAUUAAUUAUUACAGCUGUUUCAUUUUAGAGGUAAGGUUUCCUUUCUUGGAAAUCCAGUAACUGAAAAAUUCCACACCUGAAGAAGGCAAAAGUCUUUUUUUUUUUUUUUU